AUGGAGAGCGACAUUCGUGAUGCACCAGCAGCACCAUCUCGUUUCAUGCAAUUCUUGGCAGUGGUAGGUGUCUGUUUGUUUAUUUUUUGUUUGUUUAGAAGGAGAAUGUGGAAAUUUACAUGAAUUUUUAUCUUAUUCAUGAUUGAUGGUCUUGAUAAAUGUGAAGAUACACGUAUUUUACAUUUUUUGAUAGGUUGCUUGCUCUAUAAGUUAGACAAGGCUUUUCUGAAGCUUUCUGAAACUUUUUUCUUAAAAUUUAAACAUGUUGAGUUUUGUUUCAGAACUAUCAACACUACCUCGACAGACUCACACCUUAUACUGCAGUCCGAUGGACUAUCGCAAUCAGCUUUAUGCUAUUGUUCUGUUACCGAGUCUUCCACGUGCAAGGCUUCUACAUUGUUACAUACGCGUUGUUCAUCUUCUACCUUAACUUAUUUCUCCAGUUUUUGUCGCCGAAGAUUGAUCCAGCUUUUGAUUUCGACAGUGAUGGUAAGCGUAACAUAAUGUUUGAAAAUUUGAAAAUUUAAGGUUAUAUUUUGCGUAGUUUUCGAACUGAAAUGAUUUGCCAAUGUUUAUGCUUGCUUUUUAGACGAUGGACCGGCUCUUCCUCAAAGUAACAACGAAGAAUUCCGACCAUUCAUGCGAAGGUUACCUGAAUUCAAGUUUUGGUAUGUAAUUUGUAAAAGUUUUAUGCUUUUAGGUAUGAAGUUGAAGAUUUUGAUGAAUUUAAGUGUUACUGCUGAAUUAUUCGUGGUUUUUAGCUAUUUAUAAAGAGGAUAUUUAUUAUAAGAACCUUUUGAUAAGCAUCGAUUUGACCCUAUAUUAAUCUGGGAACUUUUCUUGUCAACGUGUAUAUUUUCAUAUUUUAUAAAAUAUUUCUUAACACUCUUCUUAGUUCUUUAUAACAUCUUUCUUAACUAUAUUUUUAGUUCUUUCAGUUUUAUGUUUGUUUUUUUUGUUAAAAACCUGUAGUACUAACUUACCAGUUACAAUAUAACAAUUAACUCAUUCUUGAAGACUAAAACCGCAUUUAUUUUCAGGUUGAGCACAAUGAAAGCAACUAUAUUGGCUUUCACCAUGACAUUCUUUGAGAUCUUCGACAUCCCAGUAUUCUGGCCGAUCUUGGUCAUGUACUUCUUCUUCUUGACCUUCUUGACUUUGAAGAGGCAAAUCAUGGUAAGUUAAUGUCUAUAUGAAUAUUGGUUUGGAAUUUGAGAUUAUUGUUCUUAUCUAGUUAAUAUUAGGUUUUGAUAGCUUUGUAGAUGUUUUUACACUUAAAACUUUAUAAAUUUUUUUUGAAGAAACUUACCUAAAACUGUGUUUAACUUAUUUUAACACACUUUAUUUCAGCACAUGAUCAAGUACCGCUACAUUCCGUUCACUUUCGGCAAACCCAGACCAGGAGCAUCGGGCAAAGUAGUUUUAGGCUGAUGUUUCUGACUCUUGCCAUUUUCAGCAUCACCAAUCCAAUCGGGUCGCUCCAGCCGAGCCAUUAUCUCCACUGCUUCAAUCUCAGGCCCCAACUGCUCCACCCGAGUACCAACCUCCCCCACCACAACUCUUUAAACCCACCAUCCCCCCGCCCUCUCUUUAA